UAAAAAAAAUACAAUAAUAAAAAACAAAAAAUUAAAAAAAACAAAAACAAAAAAAAAACUCAAAACAAAAAAAAAUGGCUAGAACUAAAUAAACUGCUAGAAAAUCUACUGGUGCUAAAGCUCCCAGAAAAUAACUUGCCUCAAAAGCCGCAAGAAAAUCCGCCCCAGCCACAGGAGGAAUCAAAAAACCCCAUAGAUUCAGACCCGGAACAGUAGCUUUAAGAGAAAUAAGAAAAUAUUAAAAAUCCACAGAUUUAUUAAUCAGAAAAUUACCUUUCUAAAGAUUAGUUAGAGAUAUUGCCCAUGAAUUUAAAGCUGAAUUAAGAUUCUAAUCUUCAGCUAUCCUCGCUUUAUAAGAAGCCUCUGAAGCUUAUUUAGUUGGUCUUUUCGAAGAUACUAACUUAUGUGCUAUUCAUGCUAAAAGAGUCACUAUUAUGACUAAAGAUUUAUAAUUGGCAAGAAGAAUUAGAGGUGAAAGAUUUUGAGUGAGAUUUUAUAAAUUAAUUUUUAUUUUUAUUUUAUAUUAAUAAGUUGAUUGUGUUGCAUUUUUUUUUUUAGUGUUUUAAAAAUAAGUUUUCUACCAUUUUUAU